GUGGUGCGCAAGCGUGCAGAUCAGCAACGGGAAAAGCUGCAACAGCUACAAAAUUUGUUUGAGAAAAAAAUAUUGUGACUGAAAGUGAAUUUCAAAUAAAGCUUGAAUAGUUUUGCAAAAAGUGUUUCAGUGUGAAACGCAAAUAUUUUGCAUACAAAACUACAAUUACAGUUAGUCCAAUAAGAGUAACGAAACGCUUGCUGAAACCCGUUAAAUAUUCGCGACCAUCGUUGGUAUGCCUUUGUUAUUUUAUUGUUUGUUGUUGUUGUGGUCUUUGCCCAACAGCUGCGUGCAGUGACUUUGAACUUGGCUCGGGCAGAGUGCGUUAAGUGUGCAUACCUCAAGCUUCGAACGACAAGAACAACAAUAACGCAGCUACAAAUAUUUGCUUGACAAAACACACAACAAGCAAAGAAAUAAGUAAAAUUAUCAACAAUAACAACAAAAGCAAUUUAUCGAAAAAGCGCAAGUCAUAACCACUUCCACUUAACUUUAACGGGCACUGCAAUACCGUUAGCGACGUUCACGCCGCCCGCAACUGCUUGCAGCCUGCAGCAACUCGCUUGCAGCAUAACCUGCAACUGUCGAUUUAGCCACAAAACGUAUAUGAAAAUGUUGCCGACUCGCAGGUUGGUGGCACUUGCUGCUGCUAGCUUCACCCUCGCUGUGCUGGCAUCCUCUACCGCUCUGGAACUAAGAACACCCGAUUUGGAAGCUUUUGCUAACUAUGAUGACAUGCGUCGUUACAUUGCGUCGCGCAAUCAACGCUCCAUGCGCUACAUAGAUAAUCCCACAGAAGACACUUACAUUAAAGCAUACAAUGACCAUCACGAACUCAUUGCACGCGAACGUUCACGGCGGGCGACGAAAGCUCAGCAAGCACGAAAAUUACCAACUGAGCCACAGCUGGUAAAAUUUGAAAUUAGCGAUGCUCUUGAACCCAGUCCUGAGGUAAAGGAACUCAUACGACAACAUCGCAAUCGAGAAGAAAAGCUGACAACUGCAACAAGUCCAACCAAUGCGGAUGAGAAAAAUACGACAAAUUCGGUAAAAGAAUCUCUGAAAGUGAAGGCUAAAGUAACCACUGUAGCACCGAAGCGUUCUUCACGAGGUACAAGUGCAAGAAUUACACGUAACAAACGUCCGAAACGUGCAGCGUCUAAUGCACCAAUAAAUCGGCAGACAUUCAAUUUUCAAGUAAAACUAAUACCAUUCGAUAUUUCCGAAGCACGUGAGCCUGAUGAGCAAACGAAGGCACUUAUAAGACGUAUGCGUAAUCUAGAGCUGCAAAGGUUAAGUAACAAUGCCGCUGUCAGCACUGUAGCUCCAACAGUGAUACGUGUACAUCGGAAUGCACCCGCAACAGGUAUUGUGACCGCGCCGCUGCCAACCUUCAAUCCGGGUAAAUACUAUCGACCAAAAACUGGAAAGCUCUUCAUGAAGCGUAAGGGAAAACGUGUCAAGCGCUCGGCUCCACAGAUGAUACGCUUCGAACUAGAGGAUGCACGUGAGCCAAAUGCGGCUACAUUAGAACAGUUCCGUUUGAUAAGACAAAGUCGCAAAGAAGCAAAGGACCAACAAAACACUAACGAGGGUAGUUAUGCUGUUAUCAAUAAGCGUGAAGCUCGUAUGGAUACAAAGAAAACCAGGCCGGUUGAGCUGCCUGUUAAGGAGGACGUUGACGAAGGUGACAACGAUCAGAGCAAUGGCGAAAGCAAGCGCACCUUUGUCUAUAAGGAAGCGCCCGUCGUAAAGGCAAAAAAGUCAAUCAGUUCGCUACCCGUGGAGGUACAAAAGAUAAUAACACAUUUAAUGAAAGAUCAUGGCGCUGGUGGUGGUGGUGCUGCUGGCGGUGGUAAAGCUUAUGUGAAAUACAUACCAGCACACAUGGUCGACUAUCGUCAAUUGAAAUCGCUUUAUGGUGCGAAACUCGCUUUACCGCCGACCUACAGCAUUGGUAGUGGUGGCAGCAAACUAUCGCCGGCAUCAUAUAUAAAAUACAUACCGCCACAUCAGAAGGGCGAACAAUUACAGGUACAAAUACACCCAGUACCGGUUGUUGAGAAGAUCCGUUACAUAUAUACACCUGUAGCCGCCGCACCGGUCGAUCAUGGUUAUGAUGUUAACGCACAUGCAGCGGUGGCUGCAGAGCAGCAGGCGGCAGCACAUGCUGCUGCUACUCACGCAGUACAGGCAGCUUAUGCUGGUCAAAAUGUGCAUGCAGUAGCCGAAGCUCAAGCUGCUCAAGCGGCUCAUGCCGCCCACGCAGCUCAAGCUCAACAUGCCGUGGGAAUCGCACACGUCGCUGAAAACUACGGAGCUAAAGCUAUGGCAGGGGAAGAAGGCGGCGAAGGUGGCGGUCAUGAGAGCGGGGGUGCCGCGCAUCCAAUUAUAGUGCAGGAAAGUGCUUUUGCUGGUCACCAAGGACUUCAAGCGGCAACAGUGGCAGUACACCACACUUACUCAGCCGAUGUGUCGCAUUCAUUGCAGGAAGACGUACCUGCUGCGGUCGCUAUUAAGGCUGUACACUUUCGACCCUCGAAGCCAGAUCCUCUGCUCAACGAGAAUAAACUGACAGAAGCUGCUGUUGGCGAAACAGGGGGAUAUGGUGAUGGUCAUGUUAGCUAUGAUGGCAUUCAUAGUGGAAAUGGAGGGGGUGAGCAACAAACUGUUGCGGUAUAUGCAGGUGGUCACGCUGGUGGUGGUCAAGAAGAUGUCGGUCAUGCCGAAACUGUACCUCAAUCCGUCGAACACUAUAAAUAUGAAGUAGACCAAGUCGCAGCCCAGCCACAGAAAGAAGCCGAAGUACCGCUGGUAAAAAUCGAAUAUCAUGGUCCUGCAGAUGAAAUAAAACAGAAUUUCAAAGAGCUACCCGAAUUCAAACAACUCUCCACAUUAGUCGGCAAGUCGACCGAAGAUCAGAUACAUGGUCUAACCUACCUUUUGGCCAAAGAGAUGCAGAACAAACUAAAGCUGCAGCGUAAAAAGCUGUACAUUUCAAGUGGUCCCGGCGUACAUACCAAUACCGCACCCAUAGUUUUUCCAGUCGACCAUCCACAAAUAGGCGAACUGAAACAACAACAAGUUCAGACUUUCGCUGGUGGCAUUCAUGGACGUCUGAUCGGUAUGGCCAAGUCCAAAGAAUAUAUACCAAUUGUGGAACACGGCCCUGCGGCCGAGCAAAAAACAGUCUCUAGUGCUGGUGGUGGUGCUGAAGGUAACGGCCAUGGUCCAGUGCAGAAUAUUGCCAUCCCCGCACCGAAGCAAUAUGUAGCCAUUAAGGUUGAACCAAAAGCCCCACUGCCGAACUCAUUUGUAGAGUAUGGGCUCUCGCCGAAUUAUCAGGGCAUUAAAGGCGCUGAAGCUGGCGCAGUUGGUGAGGCUGGGCAGAAAACUAAGUUAUUAGUAGAACAAGUUAUACAUCAUCCGAGAAUGUAUAAUAGUGGCGCUGGUGCUGAGCAUGCGAAGGCAAUUGUGGCGGAAGCUGAGCAACAUGGCAACGGUGAAUCUAUUGAGCAAAGCCUAAGCUAUGGUGAUGGGCUGCAAUACGCCGCAAAGUAUGCAUUUGGCUAUCGCAUACGUGAUUUUAAUACCGGCAAUGAUUUUGGCCACAAACAGAAUCGUGAUUUGGAUGGUGUGACGCGCGGUCAAUAUCAUAUUUUAUUGCCGGACGGACGUAUACAGAAUGUAAUUUAUCAUGCAGACGAUACGGGAUUCCAUGCGGAUGUCAGCUUCGAGACGGGACACUGAGUCGGGUGCCCCUGAACGCCCAACAGUCACACGCACACAUACAAACAAGCAAGCAACCCAGUCAAUUUAAGCCAAUUUCAGCACCAUGAAAGCCAAAAAUAUAGCGUGUGACAGUUAGAGCGCGGGGUUGCGGUGUCGAGCAUUCGGAAUAUGUAAAAGAUGAUAAACAAAAAAGCAAUGAUUUUCCAAAAAAAUCAGAAUUUGGUUGCAGUGCUGACAAAAACAGUGGUGUCAACAACACAAGCUGCAACAAUAAGAACAACGACAGCAUGUAGCGGCCACAAAAACGGCGCCACAACAUUCACUGAUUGGCAUCGCGGUUUCACGGCUCAAUUCGAUUGCGUUUGCGUGUCGGCCAGCUACAACAACGUGUGUGUAUGUGUGUGUGGCUUAUUAUUUACUUUUUCUUGCAGGCAUAAUAUUAUUGCAAUUCAGUAGGCUGGCAAUAAUGCAAUAAUUUGACAUCGAUAGUUUUUGCUUAUAUUAGUGUUUUGUUAAAGGGCACUCACUGAUUUUGUCACAAAAUUAUAAUCCUUCUGUUUUGUUCCUUUUUUUUGUUUAAUAUUUCUCUUAUAUGUUGUUGGAAAAGAAUUUUACUCAUAUUACAUAUGUAUGUUUGCGUAAUUUAAGAUUUUUUAAUUUUUAUUUUAUUUCUCAUUUAAAUGUUGCAAAAUUUGCAGGAUUCUAAUUUUUACUGUUUUUUUUUUCAAACCACUAAGCAAAAUUUCCAAAAACAAAAUUUAUUGGAUUGCCAAUAUCAUUGGUUUUGAUAGCAUGUUAUGUUGUUAUUAUAUUAUUUUGAUAGCAAAUUAUUAUAUGUCUUUUUUUUUUUUAAUUUACAAAAAGGAAUUACAAUUUAAAGGACAAAAAAGAUAACUGUUUUUUAAUUUAAAUAAUUCUUUAAAUAUAUAUAACUCUUUUGGAACUAAAAAUCUGUUUGAUAAAGUAUUUUGUUUAAAAUUCAUUUUUUCGGC